AUCGAUCAAUUCAACUAUAUAUACCCAACACUCUCAUUUCAUUCACUCACAACAGAGAACAAGUUAAUUAAUUAAUUUGGAUUAGCAUUAGAACCAUGGAGAGGAAACCAUCAUCACUUGGGUUCUUCUUCUUCCUUCUCAUUGUUAUCUUUGCUGCUCAAAUGGUGGUGCAUACAGAGGGAAGGGUGUGCCAGUCAAAGAGCCACAUGUUCAAGGGUGGAUGCUGGGGUGACCACAACUGUGCUCUAGUUUGCCGGAACGAGGGCUUUUCCGGUGGCCGCUGCCGCGGGUUUCGCCGCCGCUGCUUUUGCACUAAGCUUUGUUAAUUAAUUACUUCAACCGGUUAUGGAAUAUAAUAUAAUAAUAAUUUGGAUGCAAAUAAACUUGUUAAUUAGUUGUUCUACUCAUCCUUUUGAAGGAAGGGUAGCUAGCUAGCUUGCUCUGUAUGAUGUGCAUGUCUUUCAGUUAAUUAUUGAAGCAAAUAAUUAAUCAGUGGCAGCUAUAUGAUUUUAAUUUUGCUAGUCGCUUCCAAAUUUAAUUAAUAUUCACAGCCUUUGUUUUAUGAAUAUUAAAAUAAUGGUACUAUUGCAUA